AUGGGGAUGAGUUCCCUCUUCGGCAGCUGCUUUGGUCGGCGAAGCGGGUCGGCGCCCUUGCACGAGACCGACUCGGACUCUCCUGCUGGCCGCCGCGCAGUCGACAGCGUCAAUCCCGCCAAGUGCGCCUUUUGCAACGUCACGCCGGACCGCUUCAAGAUCAUCCUCGAAGACGCUGAGCUGAUCUGCUUUCGCGAUCGCUCGCCAGCCGCAGCAGUCCACCUGCAAGUCAUCCCACGCAUGCACAUCGCCAAUGUCCAGAGCCUCGGCCCGCACGACACCGACCUCGUCCGCCGAAUGCACGCCUUUGGCACCAAGGCACUCGACCUCCUGCAGUGCCAGAACGGCGGCCUCGACGCAGCGUCACAGCCAUCGACGGCGGCAGAGCGUAGAUUCGGCUUUCACAUUCCGCCGUUCCGAAGCGUCGACCAUCUGCACAUGCACUGCCUCCAACUGCCGUUUAGCAACUCGCUGCGUGCUCUCAAGUACAGAGUGGCAAAGCCUCCCAGCCCCAGCUACUUCAAGGGCUGGUCCUGGUUUGCAGAAUACGAGCAGACGUGUGCGCUCCUCGGUGCAGGCCGCAAGUUGCUUGCUGAUGUUCAUGACUGUCCAGCUGUCACAAGCACUUUGGAAGGGCAAUCGCCAACAACCGAGACGGAAGCAUCUGCGCUCGGAUGCAAGGUGUCGGCUGAGGAUCAGCAGAGUGACAUCCUGUCGCUCGGAUCGCCCGGCCGUGCGUGGAUCUGGAGGCGUUCUGAAGGAAUUCCGUUUGCGGCGGCCAAAAACGCUCCCGAAAACGCUGCCAAAACGUUUGGGACCGGCCUCGGCAAUUCCGGCCAACUUUUGGAGGUGCCUUCACCAGCGCGGCCCACCAUGACCGUGUCCAAGAAGCAGCCCACCGUGCCGCCUGAGCUCGACGUGCCCAAUGCCGGCGGGUCGGAGCAGUUCUGGAUCGACACCGACUACUCGGACAAGAUGCGCUUCUGGGCCAAGCGCUUCUACCCCACUGAGGCGGGCCAGGAGGUGCAGCCCAAGUCGACGACCAUCUUUGUGCACGGUUUUGUCGAGUACGUCGACCGCUACCGCAACAUCUUCAAGCUGUGGCCGAGCAAGGGCCACGAGAUCCUGGGCUUUGACCAGCGUGGCUGGGGCAACACCUGCCGCUCCUCGUCGGAGCCCGUCAAGAACUACGGCAACACGACGUGGCCGCAGCAGUUCCAGGAUCUGGAGCACGUCAUCCGCACCACGCGCCAGCGCCUCGACCAGCGAUGGGGCGCCAACAAGGUGCCCAUCUUCCUGCUCGGACACAGCAUGGGCGGCGGCAUCGUCACCGCCUUCCACACGCGCAGCGACGAAUGGAAGCAACAGCACGGCGGCAACGCGCCCUCGCAGGAGGCCAAGGACAUGGUCGCCGGCGUCGUCGCCUGCGCUCCCUGGCUCACGCUCACCAAGCCGCCGCCCUGGUUCGUGGUGUGGGGCGCCACCAAGAUCCUCUCGCUCAUCCCCGAGAUGCACUGGAGCGUCGACCUGAUGGGCAAAAACAUCUCGCGAGACCCCGUCGUCGCCAGCAACUUUGAAAACGACCCGCUCUCGGAGAAAAAGGUGUACCUCAAGGCCAUCCAGGGCCCGCUGCAGGGCGGUAUGGACAUUGUCGAAAAGGCGUACCAGCACUGGCCCGAGACCAAGCCGCUGCUCGCCAUCCACGGAACCGCCGAUCUCGUCACCAGCCACAAGGGCUCGCAGAUGCUCAUCGACCGCGUCAAGGCGAGCGACAAGACGCUCAAGCUCUUCGACGGCUACUACCACGACUUGCUCAACGAGCCCGGCCAGGACAAGGUCAUCGUGGCGGAAUACGUGAUUGGCUGGCUCGAGAGCCACUUGUGA